AUUUGGUUGCGCCGUGAGCAGAGCCGAAACGUCCUCGCCGUCGCCGGAAAUGGAGUUUUUGGCCUGCUUUCUUUGUUUCUGUGUUGCGUUCUUCAUUUUGAGGCUUAAAUCGAAGGCGAGAAGUACAUCGAAGCUACCUCCGGGACCAAAGCCUCUGCCGGUCAUCGGAAAUCUCUUGGAUCUCGGCGACAAGCCUCACAAGUCACUCGCCACCAUGGCUAAGGUAUAUGGUCCAAUUAUGAGUCUGAAACUUGGACGAGUUACGGCGGUGGUGGUUUCUUCUUCCGCCAUGGCUAAAGAGGUCCUACAAACAAACGACCACUCUUUGUGUGACAGAGCCAUUCCAGAUUCGUUGACGGCUUACGAUCAUAACGAAGUCGGAUUUCCAUGGAUUUCUGUUUCUCCUCUCUGGAGGAAAUAUCGCAAAAUAUGCAACAAUACUCUGUUCGCUCGAAAAAUUCUGGACGCGAACGAGAAUCUUCGUCGGAAGAAAGUGGAAGAGCUCGUGGAGAUUGUUCGAAAAAGCGCGUCGAAAGGCGAGGCGGUGGAUGUAGGGAGAUUAAUGUUCACGAUUACGCUGAAUCUACUCUCGAAUACGAUUUUCUCUGUUGAUUUAGCAGAUCCGAAAUCCAAAUUAGCAAGACAGUUCAAGAAAUGCGUGCAGGGAACUAUGGAAGAGGCCGGAAAGCCAAAUUUGAGCGAUUACUUUCCCGUGUUAAGGAAGCUAGACAUUCAAGGGAUGAGGAAGAGGAUGAAGAUUCACUUGGGAGGUUUUCUUAAAAUUCUAGACUCAAUGGUCAAACAAAGGAUGAAGGAGCAAGAACUGAAUCGUGAUUCUGUUCCGAACAAUGAUAUGUUGCAUUAUCUUCUCAGAAACGAAGAGAGUGACGCCAAAAUCGAUCAUAAUCAGAUGAUACAUUUACUUUUCGUAUUGUUCGCAGCUGGUGCGGAUACAAGUUCAGUGUCGUUGCAGUGGGCAAUGGCGGAGCUAUUGAGGAAUCCAGAAAAAUUAGCGAAAGCUCAAGUGGAAAUGAGGCAAGUUUUGGGAAAGAACAAAUCAGUGGAGGAGGUGGACAUUCCGAGGCUGCCAUAUCUACACGCAGUAGUGAAGGAAGCUUUACGAUUGCAUCCAGUGGCUCCAUUGUUGCUACCUCGUAAGGCGAAACAAGAAGUGGAGAUCGCAGGUUUCACAAUCCCUAAAGAUGCUCAGGUUCUGGUAAAUGCAUGGGCGAUCGGAAGAGAUCCGAUGAGCUGGGAGAAUUCAGAAUCAUUUGAACCGGAGAGGUUUUUGGGGUCAGAAAUUGACAUUAGAGGACGGAGCUUUGAGCUGAUUCCGUUCGGCGGAGGGAGAAGGAUUUGCCCUGGACUGCCACUGGCUAUGAGAAUGAUGCCUUUGAUGUUGGGUUCGUUAAUUAAUUUCUUUGAUUGGAAGGUUGAGGAUGGAUUUGAAAUAAACAUGGAUGAUAAAUUUGGCGUCGUCAUAGAGAUGGCUCAUCCACUUCGAGCCAUCCCGUCCUUAAUUGUUUAGAAUAAUUUCAGACUUAAUUAUUGUAGGUCUUCGAUGAAAGUCCCACAUCUGCUAAUUUAGAGAAUGAUCCUGAGUUUAUAAUCAAAGAAUACUAUCUCCAUUGAAAUGAGGUUUUUUGGAGAAGCAAGUAAAGUCAUCAAAACUUAUGUUCAAAGUGGACACUAUCAUACCAUUGUGGAUAGUCGUGUUGUACUUAGCUGAAAACUCUUUCAUUGCGUAGGACCUGUAUUUUGAAGUACUCUAAAGUGGACACUAUCAUACCAUUGUGGAUAGUCGUGUUGUACUUAGCUGAAAACUCUUUCAUUGCGUAGGACCUGUAUUCUGAAGUACUUUAAUUAUGUUUGAACUUUUGUCUUUGUAUCUCGGGUGUUAAGGAUAUUUAGUAAUAAAUUAUAGUUAACCAUA